AUGCACUGGCCCGGGUAUAGAUAUUGCGGACCAGGUACCGACAUCAAAGCCAGCGACAGGAAAGGAGGACCAGUCAACAAGCUCGACGCAAUCUGCAGAGAGCACGAUAUUAACUUGUCAGAACACUCCCAGCUCGACAGAGAAACCGCCGAUAAAAUCUUUGAAGAAAAGGCAUAUCAGCAGGGUGUACUCGGAAACCUAUUUGCCCUCGCCAUCAACUUCAACGCCAAAAUUGCGAAAAACCCAGUCAUCGCACCUUUCCUUCCCGGUCAGAAAACUAGAAGACGACCUCGAGGAGGACCAGGACCAGACAGACAGCAACGAACACCAAAUAAAAGAUUCCGCCCCAGUUACGACCUGCGAAGCCGCUACAAACACGGAAAAUACCCCGGACUUAACCCAGGACAGCAACAGAUUCCAAUCAUGGCAAAUAACCAAGGAGAACCAGAAAUGGAUACUGAUGGACCAGGAAACCAGACUGAUGCAGUUCAAGGAGCAACUGGAGCAGGAGCCACUGGUGGAACAGGAGGAGGAGGACAAGUCCCCACAAUGAAUCCAAGACCUAUACAAACAGCCAGAUGGGAUGGAACUCAAUUACCUCAAGGAAUUAAAAUUUCUUUCUUUCCCUCAGGUUAUUUGGGCAAGGAUCUUCGGCAGCACUUGAACACCAGGUUCCCCAAGAAUUCUCCGGACUGUGAAUUGCAAAAUACUGUUCGAGAUAACCUGUACCUGAGAACUGUGCCAUGUACAACUCGAGCCCCCAGAGAAGGGGAAGUGGAUGGGGUAGACUACACCUUUCUCAGCGUUGAAGAGUUUAUGCAACUGGAACGUUCCGGCAACCUUCUUGAAAGUGGAAUCUAUGAAGGAAACCAUUACGGAACUCCGAAACCACCAGAAGAAUGUCCGCUGUCGAACUCCCGUCCCAGUAAUUACAGCAACAACAACAGUAACAUCAUCCCCGGCAUUCAUCCUUCAUCCGAGGGCAAGAGACGAAGAAACAGGUCCAGUGUCGAAGCUAUGACUGCCAAGACGGAACAGAAUGAGUCUUCGGGAUUUAGUCAUCCUACAAAAGGCAGCACAGAAUCAACCCAACAUAAAAUUCCGGAUGAAACGAAGCCUCAUAAAAAUGGGACAUCUGAGGAUGAAGAAAACCUGGGCCCCUUGCCUGAGAACUGGGAGAAGGCUUAUACUGACGAUGGGGAGCCAUACUUUAUAGACCAUAAUACUGGGACUUCUCAAUGGCUGGAUCCUAGACCAAAGAAUAAGAAGCCCGUUUCAGAAUGUGAUGAAAAUGAGCUUCCUUAUGGUUGGGAGAAAAUUGAUGAUCCUCAUUAUGGAACUUAUUAUAUUGACCAUGUAAAUAAACGAACUCAGUAUGAAAACCCUGUUAUACAAGCACGUAAAGUUUCAACUGGAUUGCGUGGGCAAGGAUAUCAUCCACCCUAUGUCUUCACGAAUAACCCCAAUGAGUUGAGGGGUAGGCCCCUGAGGACGAAUCUGACGAAAGGACCCAGAGGAUUUGGGUUCACCAUCGUGGGAGGAGACGAUGGAGAAGUGGAAGAAUUCUUGCAGAUUAAAGCUGUCGUUCCUCAUGGACCUGCUUGGCAAGAUGGAAAGCUCAAAACAGGUGACGUUCUGGUUUCGAUCAAUGAUGUUUGUGUGCUUGGCUCCACUCACCAAGAAGUGGUCAGCCUGUUUCAAUCGAUCCCCGUAGGCGAGUCUGUCGUCCUGGAGGUCAACCAAGGGUAUCCGUUGCCUUUCGACCCCGACGAUCCGAACACAGAGAUCGUCACGACUAAUGCCGUCAGUGAGGACAUCUGCGGAAAUUGCUCACAGGUAAAAUUUUGCAUGAAUGACUCUGUGGACUCUGCCACCACCCGCUCCGCCAAAUCCAUGCCGGAUCUCAGCAGCAGGAACUCUUUCCUGACCCAACGCCAUGGAUCCGCGGAUCUCCUCAGCAGCGGCUACGAUCCGGCGCGACCGGAGAAGCCGGAUUUCCUGUCCGUGGAGAUAGUGAAGGGGAAGGCCGGAUUCGGAUUCACGAUAGCGGACAGCGUCUACGGGCAAAAGGUGAAAAAAAUUCUGGACCAUAGUCGAUGCCAGCACCUCCAAGAAGGGGAUAUACUGACAGAGAUCAACGGUAGAAAUAUUCGGGGACUGCCCCACACCGAAGUGGUACAAAUGCUCAAAGAAUGCCCCACUGACGAAGCUGCUCAUAUAUCGAUUCAGAGAGGCCUCCUGCCUAGGGUAACAAAGAUGAAGUCGUCCGAUGAUAUUGGUGUUCGAAGAAGUGCAAGCAAUAAUUCAUAUUCAUAUCAACAUAGAUCUAUGGAUGGCUAUCCGAUCGCGUCCACCAUGUAUCGCAGCAAGACCCCCACGGCCGACCUCUACAGCUCUCGAGAGAAGGAGAACAUCAGCGUGAACAGGCCCAAGACCCCCUUGGUGGACACCAGGCACUGGCCCAAGCCGGACAACGACGACCGAUUCCCCCCCUCUUCGAGAACCAACGGAUUCCUCCCCCAGCAGUCGAAAGACAUCCGGGCGAACCCUCACGGCAACAAUCAUCCGUGGAAGACGGAGCAUCCGCCGAACCUGCGGACUGCCUACAGCGCUUCGCUGGACAAAACCAGCGUCAAUCCCUCGUGGUACACCACCCUCGGGAAGCUGAGGGACACCUACUGGGCGGACGGCAGCCCCAAGUCCGCCACCGAUUAUCCGCCGGGCGAGUUUCGGUACGGCUACACUCAGGCGAAAGUUCCCCAAAGGACGCAGCACUACAGCGACUCUUACGACGACAACGUCUUUACCACGAAUCCCGCGUGGCAGGGCAAAGCGCCCGACAGCGUCUCCCACAGGGACUGGAACUACGAGCACGGCGACGCCCCGUACCGCAGGACUAAUUCCGUUCGUAGCGACGAGAGGUCGCUGGGUCAUUCCCCCGGAGGGUCUCACUACGACAGUCUCGGCAGGAGACACCGGAGCGGCGCGUCUUUCGAGCACGAGCUCCCGUCGCCGGCGUCCGAUCCGCGAGCGGAUUUCGUGGAAAUGACGGUGACCCUGCAUCGGCAGGAGAGCGGCUUCGGAUUCAGGAUCGUGGGCGGGACGGAAGAAGGAUCUCAGGUAUCGAUCGGCCACAUCGUCCCCGGGGGCUCUGCGGAUCUGGAGGGUACGCUGUGCAAGGGGGACGAGAUCGUCUCCGUGGACGAGCGCUGCGUCCUGGGGACUUCCCAUCGGCACGUGGUGCAGCUCAUGGGCCAGGCGGCACUCAAGGGGAAGGUGGUGCUCUACGUCAGGAGGAGGACGGAGAAGGCGCAUCCCGAAAUGAACUCUUCGUAUCACAUGCAUCCUGUGGAGAACAUUUAUCCUUACGAUGUGACCGUAACGAGGCAGGAAAAUGAAGGCUUUGGCUUCGUCAUCAUCUCCUCAGUCAGUAGAGCCGGCUCUACCAUUGGUCGCAUCAUCGAGGGAAGUCCCGCAGAAAGGUGUGGACGCUUGCGUGUGGGCGAUCGUAUUCUUGCCGUCAAUGGGGUGGACAUCCUGAACCUGCAUCACGGUGACAUCGUUAACCUCAUCAAGGAAUCGGGACAUCGGGUCACCUUGACUGUGGGACAGCCACAGGCCCAAGAAGACAACUCGAGCAAUCAGAGUGUGGCUGGUGAUGAUGAGCAGUACCACGCGGUGGAAUUGCAUCGUGGGACGAGGGGCUUCGGGUUCAGCAUCCGAGGGGGGAGGGAGUUCCAGAACAUGCCCCUCUUCGUGCUGAGGAUUGCCGAAAACGGUCCCGCCCACCAGGAUGGGAAACUCAUGGUCGGGGACCAAAUCAUCGAGAUCAACGGCAUCAACACGAAGAACAUGACCCACGCCGAUGCCAUAGAGCUCAUCCGCAGGGGUGGAAGCAGUGUCCGCCUCCUAGUCCGAAGGGGUGCCCCCUCUCACGCACCAGCUUCUUCCAGCAGUGUGCUUCCUACAAUGAACUGUUACCCCCCACCCAUGGGUGGUGUGUACCUCCAGUACCCCCAUCAAGAUUCCACCACCACCCAGAUACCGCCUCCAGAUUCAUGGGUUCCUUGUGACAACCUGUCCCAGGACUGCUAUUCAUGGGGGUACUGA